UCCCGCCCCGUCGCGUCACUGCCGGAGCGGCCCAAGAUGGAGGGCGGCGGGCUGCGCGGGGAGCCGCUCCCCAGGCUCAGGCGCCAUUUGCGGCAAGGGGGAGAACGCCCAGCCCCGCUGUUGCAGCCGCUGCUCCGGGGCGGCGGGACGGCCGAAGAGUCUACAGCUGGAGAGAAGAAAAAGAAGCCCUCUCCUAGACUGAACGUUCAUUCUGCGUUCUGGAUUUUGGCUUCCAUUGCUGUGACAUAUUACUUUGAUUUUUUUAAAUCUAUUAAAGAAACAAUUCAAGCAGAUAGUUGGUGGUUUGCCUCUGGAAGUUGUUUAUUGGCUGCAUGUUUAUCUGUUGCCUUUUACUGCAUAAUAUAUCUUGAGUGGUAUCGUGGAAUUGAGGACUACGAUGUGCAGUAUCCUGUACUGAUACCUAUCACAACUGCCACUUUUAUUGCAGCAGCAGUUUGUUUUAACGUUGCCUUAUGGCCAGUCUGGUCAUUUAUCACACCUGUGGUGUUGUUCAUUCAGUUUAUGGGUGUUGUGAUGCUUGUGUCGCUCCUAGGAUAAGUCUUACAGCUUCGUGUGGAGGAUUCAAGUAACAAUUAUCCUACGGAGUGGGUGUUGCUUUAGUUCCGUUCCAUUCCAUUCUGAUCAUUAAGCUACCUGAUUUUAUAAAUGAAAUUGACAUUAAUCCAUGGUUCAACCAAUGGCUGCAAGAAGGCAGAUGAUUAGCAAGUAAUUGAAAGAUGGAUAGAUUUUAUCUUAGUAACAUAAUGCAUUUCAUGUUUUCUUUCUAACAACAUUAUAAAACUGACUUAUUAGUCAUUCACCUAGUCUUAAAUCCCAUCUGGGGUCUCCAGAGGUCACUUAGUCCAACUUCCUGCUUGAAGCAUGUUGAUUGGUUUGAAAAUAGCUGAUGCUUAAAUUUAAGUGUUAUGGGUUUUUAAUAUGCUAUUUUUACAUUUGAAUUGAUAGCAAAAAUACUAAUAUUUGGAAUCUCUUUGAGCUUAUAAACUCUGGGGACACGGAUGUCAACAGAGGAGACAUUUAUUGAUCCACUAAAUUUAUAAUGCUAUGUGUGUUAUAAUGAAGGAAAUAUUUCAUUGAUCUAACUCCUUGACUUCAAUUAUAUAAGUAUUUGAAAAAAAGAUAUGGAUUUGAGUAAGGGUCUAGAAAGCUGGUUGAAAUUUACAUCACUGAUAAUCUGACAGUGCCAACAGUGAAAUAAAUGGAUUACACUUGUAUUGACAUAAUUUGUCUACAGCCAAAGGCAAGCUAUCAAGCUGUGAGUAACCAGCAAUACAAUGAACAAUAGGAACAUUACACAAGAAGUUAAGAGCAUGGAGAAAAUUAUUUUGAUGUAUGCACUAUGUUUUAGUAUUCUGGAUGUUUUUAUUCAAAAGGUAACUUUUCAUUCUUUAAAGUGUCUGUUAAUAAAAUUGCCAUUUUUCCUUCCUCAGCAAUGGAGGUCAAUAUUAAAUUAAAAGCCAUUACCCACACACAUCUGGGUAAAUAAAAUAACAUUGUCAGUUUGUUCAACUUGGCUGUGAUACUAAAGUAUCUGGGCACCAUUUAGUUUCCAGACCAUUUUAUAUAUGUCAUUGUGUUAAAUACUUUUUAUGGAAGAUAGGAGAAUGUAAAAGCUGGGUAUUGAAACUUGCUUAAAUUUACUCUUUGUGGUUGUUGCUUGAAGUUUGGACAGUUAAAAGAACCUGUGUUCGUUAUUCUGACUUUCAGAUUCACACCAUUGCUGAAAAAACAAUAUGUGAAAUUUUUAGUAAUGAAAAAUGUAGACAUCUGAAGUUACUGCUGUUUCAUUGAAGAAAAAAAAUGUUGCUGUCUGUAUGCAGUGUAAAGGAUCAGUCAGACCAAACCAAAAUACAUUAACACUACUGCUAAGUAGGUUGUAAACAGCUUGAUUUUUUUUUUUAAUAAAAUAUUUGAAUUUUCAAAAGCAGUUGUACUGAAAAGAUCUUAAAAUCUUAAUCUUUUAACAAAUUCCAACAAUUUUAUGUCCUCACAGAUAUGUGCAUUGAGUUUGUUCAUUGGGAUAUUUAAAUGCACUGUUGCUCAGGGAUGGUAAUAGUAAUUGUAUUUUUAUUUAUCAACUAUAUAAAUGCUCUGGGUGCUUUAAGUUGCUUUGUCCUUUUGAAUUAAUAUUUGCUACAUGUUUGUUUCAAAUGUAUUCUUCUGGACAUCUUAAUAAACUUUGUAUAAAAGUGA